AUGCAGCAGUUUUACCUCAAGCCCCCGCCCCCAAGCGUUAAUGGAAGAUUAAGCCCGAGCGAGAUGGACGACACGGACUCGCCGGGCUCCACACCCACCCAUCGAAUAACUGUGGGGCAUGUGUAUGAUUUUGCCUCGGAACUAACCACAACCGCAUAUGAUGAAUUGAAGGAAUUGAUAGGAAAAGAUGAGGCACGCCAGUACUUACUCAAAGUAAGAAAAAACGAUUUUUUUUUGAUGAAAAUUGAGUUUUGGAUUACAGUGAGCGACCUGAUCCAGUGGCAAAAAACAUACCAUUUUGCAUCCGGGAAGCAUCAAAAAUGUGGCAAAAUGCUUCCGUCUCCAAGUGAAAAAACUUCGCAAAAAGAGCGGCUUUUGAAAUCGGAGUUUUUUACUUGGAGAGGGAAGCAUUUUGCCACAUUUUUUGUACUUCCCGGAUGCAAAAUGGUACGUUUUUUGCCACUGGAUAGGCACCCCCCACGGUAGUUUAUACACUAAUGAAACCGUAUUUCAGUUUCAACCAGCCUUUGAGACCCUGGAAAUGUUGGUAAAACGAACCGAAAAGGACAGGGACAAGAUUGGACAACUUGAACGGACGAUAGAAGAAAUGGAAAAAGAGCGACAAAUGAGGGCAAAACAGAUGGAAGAACGGGAAAAGGUAAUUAUUAGGGGUUUUACGAUGAGUUUGCGGUUUAAACUGAUCUUCAUUGAUAACACUUGACCCAAAGUGUCAUCUCUUUCUCGCAUUGAAAAUCCGAUAAAAUCCGGACACAGAUGCAUUUGUCAUCCCAGUCCGGAUGUGAGAUGCUUGGAACUGAAAGAAAAUGGGUUUUUGUAUACUCAAAUCUGUAUUUUUUUCAGGAAAUGCUGGAAUUUGAAGAUCACUACGGCAAGGAGAACAAGAAUUUGUGGGAAAUGGUGGAGAAACUAAAAGCCGAAAACCGCUACCUCCAAAACACGAUGGAGAAACUCGCCGAGGAGACGGUCGAGGAGAAGCAAAAGCAAGGUAGGAUUCUGAUUUCCCGCACUGUCAUGUUUGUGUUCACGCAAUGUUUGUACAGCCAACGGCAGCCCAAAAGUUUCUUUUUUUUCGCCGGAUUUGAACCAGUUUUGGACUAAAUUUUGAACGAAUUUUGUCGAGAUUUGGUUAGCUUAUGGGAUCGAUUUAGAAUUUACUUUUGGUUUUGUGGGUUUUCGUACAAAUUUUUCGAAAAAAUAUUCACCAUCAGAAGAGAAAUAAAAUUAGAAUUGCAAUGAGGUCAGCGUUGGUUAUUCGAAGACUCCGGUUUGCAAAAAGAACAGGAUUUGAAGGCUGUAGAUCGUCCAUUAAAGCGUAAUUGAAGCCUUCGGAUCUUCUUUAGCCUUUUUGUGGGAAAAUUGGCAGGCUAACUUUAGGUGGGCAGUAUGAUGUAAUAAAUAGCUUGAGGUAUAUGAGUCAUAAAACAUUUUGCAGAUAGACCAUGUAGAUUUAUCGUUGUAAAUUUGGAAAUGAUAGCUUUGUCGAGCAUCUAGUAAUUGUUGGUUGUUAUGGACCAAUUAUUUUUGGAAAUUUUGCGGAAAUUUUUGGUUUGAUUUAAUUUUCGAGUUUUUUUCUGUCAGUAAAAGACUUAUUAAGGUUAAUUAAAGCUUUUCAAGUCUAGGAAUGGCAUAAAUUAUCAAAAUAGCGCAAAAAUUAUAUUACACUUGACCCCGAGUCCACGAAAAAUGCUUCUUUGGCUGUUACAAUUGUUGCUGGUGGUGUUUGUGGUCGUGUUGAUGGUAUUGGUUCUGUUCCAUAACUCAGGGUAUGUAGUUCUGGCCGAAGAGGAGUUCGACUUGUUGCGCAACCUCAAGCACCAAAACCUCGAACAGCAGGAGAAGAUCCGCGACCUCCACGAACAACUCAAAAUCAGCGAAGGCGUGGAGAAGACGCUCCGCAAGAAUGUGGAGGAACUGAUUGCGGAGACGGAGAGGAUGUUACGGAAGAACAAGUCGAUCGAAUCACAGUGCCGGACAUUGUGGACGGAGCGAAACAACUAUGUGAAGGCACAAGAAGAGCUGGAGGAGCAGAAUCUCCGGCUAAAAAAGACCCUCGACCAGACGAGUCGGGCCUGCAAUGAUCUCAAAAACCAACAGGACAUUCAACAAGACAAGGAGGAUGUAUGUCUUUUUUGGAGUGUUUUUUUUGACAAUUUGACGAAAUGUCACAAUAAUUAUUGGGGUUUUGAGAAUUUUAGAUUUGUCCGUCUGACAAGGCGAGAUGGCUCGGGUUUUUACUAGUCCUUCCGGAAAGUCGCCGGACUGAUUUUUGGCGUUUGCACUGUGCGAAAAAAGUGAGGGCAGCGACGCCAAAAAAGCUUAUAUUGCACCUUGCAAAAAUCAAGAGACUGCACGGUGCAACGAAAUUUUUUGUUUUCGCACUUGUCGCCGGAGAGAAAUCGUGAGAAAACAAAACUUUUCUUUGCACUGUGCAGUUUCUUGCUUUUUGCACGGUGCAAUCGGCUUUUUUGGGCUGCACGUCAAAGAAAAAGUGAAAAAACAAGGAACCUCGGAUCAUUGAUUUUUGACGAAAUGUCGCUGAAUUAUUGAGUCACAAAAGAAAACUUUCCCAGAGAAUUUCGAGAAAAAUGUUUUUUCGAAGAGGAAAAUAAUUUUUCAAGCUCGAUAAUUCUGUGGCACUUCGCAAAAAAAUCAAUGAUCCGAGAUUCCUUGUUUUUUCAAUUUUCUGAAAGAAUUGUUUUGACGUGGGCUGUCGCUCGCACUUUUUUCCGCACAGUGCAAGCACCAAAAUCGGUCCGGCGACUUUCCGGAAGGACCCGUAAAAUCGCGAGCCAUUUCGCCUUGUCAAACGGGCAGAUCUAACAUUUUCAAAAAUCCAAUAAUUUUUGUGACAUUUAGUCAAACUUGGAUUCCUUUGAGUUUGGAUGUUAUAUUAUGGUUUCAGAGGAACGCUGAUGACUAUAACGCCCCCAAAUUCUCUACUCAUGAUCUCCGCAGCAUCUUGCGCGAAAAUACCGAACUAAAACAGAAAUUAUCUCAAUUCGAACGCCCGGAAAGUUCGUCCGGCGAAAGCGGCACCGAAACGUAAGUGUUUUUGAGCCCUUGGAACGGUAGUUUGAAGAUUUUUGAUAGAUUUACCGGCUUUUUGAGCUGUUGAAGUGGCUUCUCGUUAGGUUUCCUACUAAUCUACCGUUUUUUGGAGAAUUAAGCGUAAAUUGUUGUUACUUUUACUAUCUCCUGCUCUCUUCCUAAUGUGUUUGUCUUGCUUUAGAGCCACUGAGACCGCUUCUGUCGCCAGAGAGAGUGUCGCCGACUUCAGCGACUUGGAAGAUCCAAAGUAAGAUCGGCUUGGCAUUUUCGGGAUUUUUUGGUAGUUUUGUGUAAUUUACGAUAUCCAAAAGGAGCUAUGGCUCUUGUGCGAAGGUUUUUGGCAAUGUACUUCCAUUUUAAAUGGUUUAAAAUACGACAAGGGAAAUUACGAUAAUUUUUUUUAAUUUCAGGGGUGACGAUGAAGUUGUUUAUGGCCCAAUCAACAAAGAACCGGAAGAAAAAUUAUAUCCCUGGAAAUAUCAACGAAAAUCGAGUGGAAUUGCUAAAUUGUAAGAGAUUUACCGAUUUGAAUUUCGUAUUUUACAAUAUUUUUCGCAAGUCCAGACAUCUUUCAUCGUAUAAAAUGUCACUUUUGUCCAAAGAGCAAUGAUUUUUACCAGGUUUUUUGUGGGAAUUACAUAUAAUGAUUUACUUUUUCAGAUUUUCCAAGCUCUUUUCUCCAAGCGCAGCCCGUUAA